CUUCAGUGACUUGUGAGGCGGCCGUGCUCAGUGGUCCAACAUGGCAGCGACGGGCGAGUGGGAGCUGGUUGUCAAGGCCUCCAAGAAAGGUAAAGCUGCCUCAGUUGCUAAUGGAAAACUAAAUAAAGAAGAAAAGAAACAGUUUAUCCAGUCAGCUCCACGAGUUACUCUAACAGGAGGAAUUGAGGUUGUGACUGGCAAGGAGAAUCGCAAACCCAAGUCGCCUAAAGCUGCAAGUGCACCAAAGAAGAAGAAACCGGAGAAGAAAAAUAAUGUUGGUCCACAUCAGCCGGGCACCUUGGAGGAGGCUGUCUGCAGGCUGAAUGUACGAGAGAUGCAGAAUCUGCUUGAUGUGGUUAUGUCGCGUUUUCAAGAUUCUCCUCUUAUAUGGUUGAAAGACUUGGCUUCUUACUUAAAUGUACGCGUCAAUCCAAUCCACUCCCCAGAUCCUGCUUUUAGAGGUCAUCCUACAUCAUUCCCAGCAUCUCUGCUAAGUUCAGAGGUCAAGAAGCUGCUGAUUAGCACACACUCUGGCUGUAGUGAUACUGUGCUAGCAGCGUUUCACAAGCAUUGUGUAUCAUCUAUGGUGCAGGAGCAAGUCAGAGGUCUUGGUGUGGCAGGGUAUAAGCUUUUUAUUCAGAUCUUGUCAAUAAACCACCCACAUGUUGGUAUGAUGAAUUUGCCUUAUUAUUGUGAGCUACGGAACACCAUUCAAAAUCAGACGCCUGCGUGUCUCUCUCUUCUAUGGGCUGUCGGACAGUCAGGCCUGGAUGACUUUAGUGUUGGUUUGAAAGUAUGGAUGGAACUAAUGGUACCAUUAAUUGGCUUGAAGAACUAUUCGGCAUAUGUGGUAGAAUAUGGAAGCACUGUAUUUGGAGGCGGAGGAGGUGGAGGAGCUGAGGACUGUGGGGACGUUUUAGGCGUGCGCGAGUUUUUCACCAUUUUGGACUUCACUUGGUGUUCUUCUGGAUCAUUACCCAAGCCUGUUCAGAGGCAACUUUUUGCUCUAUACCCAAAAGUUAAGACAGCAGCUUUUAGUUCUAGUCCUGAGGUAACCCUGCGCAACUUUUUCCCAUCCUUCCUUCGUCGCUUGGAUCCAAAUGUUUCCCAUCCACUAAAAGUAGAAUUAGUGACAUGUAUGGUUCAGUGCCUCACUCAGGAUCUCCAGUGCUGGAAUAUAUGGUCACAGCUGUAUCUUAAGCACUUACCCCAGUCAGCCAUCUUACUACACCAUUUAGGUAGAGAAUGGAAGGUUCUCAGUCAGUCUCUGCGAGUGCAGAGAAAAGAAGUGAAGGAUGCAAUUGAAGGAUUUGCAGUAUCCAAUGAACUGAUGUCUCACAAAGCCCGAUCUGUAGCAGGAGUUACAGAAGCAACAGAUGCAACAAAUGUAUUGCUGAAACAAAUGAAGACUGUAAAAGCCAACUCGCCUCUUCCUCAUGUGAUGAAACUUAUGGGAAUACUCUUACUAACAGCUAUUUUUUGGGACAUUAGAAGUGCAGGAUCAUUUUAUGAGUCGAAGUUGGGACAGACACUGGAGAGGCUGGGGCUGGUCCCUUGGCUUGAAGCCUUUGGUAGAGCCGUUAAAACACUGUUAAUUCUGUUUUACAAAUGGUGUGCAGUCAAUAUUCCAGUGUACUACAGUCGAGGCUGUGAGCUUGGUGGACCCUAUCUUCUUCUGGUGCUGGAAAAAGUAGAGGCAGUUGCUGUUUAUUUCAUGGCAGCAAUUGAGUCAGCUGCUCAGUAUAUUCCAGUUAUGAAAGAAAAGAUUGAGACUUCACUGCCUGGACUGACUCAAUCAGCAAGUCACUAUGGCGCUCUUGCAGUGGAAACUUUAGAAGUUGGCGUCUUUGCCAUCAGAGAUGUAUCGUCUCCAUAUCUAGCUGAAGUUCACAAGUUUCUCAGCACAAAAGUCUUUGUAGGAUCUUUAGCGCCAGAGAAGUUGCAGGAAUACAUGAUGGGAGCAGUGGAUUAUUUGACUCAAUUUCUUUUAACUAUGCAUUCAAAUCUUGUGAAUGUGUUACAAGAUACAAAUGGUACGUCAAAUAAAACUAGCUAAUUAUAUUUCAAUUGUGUUUUUAAGGCUAAGAUUCUUUAAAACUGGUUUUUAUUACUUUUCCAGAUUACUUAUUUACCAUUAUUUAAGUGUAUAGAAAAAAUAUCAAGUACAGUAAUUAAAUUUUGUGAUGGAUUUUUAGGUUUUCGUAAAUUUUGUACGUUUGUCAUUUCUAGUAAUAUAAAUUAAAGUAUUAAUGCUGCAUUCCAGUAAAUAUUUUUAGAGAUAUAUACAGUGUGAUGCAUAAAUUUUGUGCCAAGAAGGUUGAAAUCUGAAUAUGGUGUGAUAUAACAGUUGAUUUUUCAGUGAGUUCUUGACAUGGUCUAUCAGAGUCUCAGUGUAGAUGUUCUCGUGUUUUCUCGGUUUUGUAGUUUUAAUUUAAGCAAAUUAAGGUUAUCCUGAAAUAAUUACUUUUUUUUUGAAGAUGGUUAAAACAAUUUAUUGAUUUACCAAAUCUUAAUGACGAAGUUUGACUUAAUAUGUUUGAGUAAUUAUUAAAUUGUUCUUUUUAUUUUGUUUUUACAUAUGUAACUGACAAGACUUGUGCCUUACUGCUUAUAAAAGUUUUAUCUCCAUGCUUACAUUUGAGAUACUAUACUGUACGACAUAUGCAAUAUUUAUUGUCUGCUCUCGUAAUGUGAAUCAUAUUUAGUAAUAUUAGGCAUUAGUCACUUAUGAUUUAUACUAAAAAUAUUUUUUCAAGAAAAGAGAACAUUUAUUAGCUGUUGAAUGCAUCGAAUAUUUGUAGGUGAAUGCUAUUGUAAAUACAGUACACUUGUUCUUUUUCCGUAGAUUAUUUUUUUAUUUAUACAUACCUUUUAUGGCUUGUACUAUGGAAUGGGAUUUCUAGCAAGGUUUGUGCAAGGCCGUCACUAUGUUGAAUGUCUUUUGAAAUAAUUCGUCCAAGAUAUCAAGAGUAACAUAACUUUGUAUGCAAUUACUGUUAUGUAACACUACUUGCUCAAUGAAAUAAUUUAUUGUUAUUGAUUGUAUCAAUUAUGUUUCAUUACUGUAAUAUUUUUUGCACAAUUACAUUUAUUAUUGUGAGUUACUACAAUGUUAAUGUUUAGUGAUUUUUUUGGGGGGGGAUAAAGUAGUAGUUUUGGAACUUUAAAUAUUUAAAGUAAAUCUUUUAACAUGAUGUUGACUGUGGAUCACACUUGGCUUACUUUCUUGAACUGUGUAAAUCGGAAAGUUAUGACACUAGUUAUGUAUGUUGUGAAAGAAUUAUUUAAAUGUGCAUUAAGGUGUGAAUGCAUCAAAAGGCAAUGUUUUUCCCUUUCGAAAACAAAAAACUUGUUUUUUUUUAUUAACAAACAAAUGAAAGAGAAACUUUUCCCUAUUCCCUUUUGUAUCAUUACAAAAAAAAAGUUAGAAUUGCUCGUGAUGCAAAAGAUUUGAUAAGUGUAGUGUAGUGUAUUUUAUGUACAAAAAUGCAAAAUGGUUAGUAUCUAACAGUGCAGUAGGCUUCCACCAGACUCUGUAGCCAAAAUGGUGAGUCCAGUUACUCAAUAGUUUAAAUACAGUAAUCAAAAAAAUUUUG